AUGAAGCAGUUAAGAAAGAAAUGUAUUAUAUUUGGACUGAUGUUUAUAAUAAGUAUAGAAAUUGUAAUUUGCGGGGGAUUUGAACCAAUGCAUAAGAAAAAUUCAAGUAAAACAGAUAAUCUAAGCAUAAGUGGUACACCAUUGCUGUCGGAUAUGUUUAACAAUUAUAGUUCUGUAUCAUCUGACAAUACUAACCAACUUAUGCAGACAGAUGACCAGCCAUUAGAUCUAUCUAAUCCAAAUAAAAGGCCCCAUGAUACAGACAACAAUACUCAAAAUUCUAACGCUAUCAAAAGAGCUCAUUAUAUGGGUAUGAAUAACUCGUCAAUGCAUAUAAUUCCAAAAACAAUAAUAGAUCUAACAUCAGAGUCAGCCUCAAAAAUGCCAUUAAAAGAAACUUCAGAACUAACCACAUUCACUACUAUUAAUCCUCUUAAAGUUGAUUCUAACAGCAACUUGGUUAUAACUAGUACAUUGUAUUUUUGUGCCGCUGAAAAUCAAUUUAUUAUACGAAACUAUACGAGUUAUAUAGAAAGUUUUGAAAAUGUGUUGGUUUUAAAUUACAGUGGGAUGUCUAAAUAUGAAGCAGUAAAUCAAAAAAAAUAUAUAAUAACUAAAAACUGGAAGAGUGACAAUGAAACAGAUAUUUGGACUAUGAUUAAAAGUGUGGACAUGCGAUUUCUUCUACUAAAAAGUGUGUUUAAAAAUAUGCUAAAUACAAGCUUCUUUAAUGAUUACAGCUUGACCAAUCCAUUAUGGUAUGAUAGAUUUCUAAAUGAUCUAGUUUAUUAUAUUAAAAGCCAUGGCCAACCGACCAUACAUUGGAAUAACCUUGCUACUUCUUUACAUAAUAAUAAGAGAACAGAAGCUCUUGGAGAUAUUUGGAUAAACAAAGAAGUAAGUUUAUACUGUUGCUGCAGUGGUAUAAAUAGUCAAAUGGUUUUAGAAGGAGGAGAAAAGGAUAUACAGCUUAAAAAAAAGUUGAAUGCUAUUCUUUUAAUACCAGAGGUAUAUGAAGACUUCUAUAAGAUGCCACAGAAUAUAGUUGAUAAUUUUGUUAAAGAAAUUAAAGUAGAAAUAAUGAAUAGGGAUAAAAAAAAUAAGCGUAAUAAUAUAAUAGGCUCUGCAAAUGAUUUAAAAAUUGAACAACUACCAGAUUUAAAGUGGAUUAUGAAGUAUCUUAUACAUACUGUACAGAAAAAUGAAGCAUCGGCAGAAGAAGCAUACAAUGAAAUUAAACAAAUUAAAUUGCAUGGGGAUAAUGUGAAUUUAAUAGGCGAUUCUAAUGCAAUAGAAGUAUAUAAUUUUGUAUGUAAUAAAGUUGGUAUUUUUUAUAAAUAUCAUGGAGUGGCAUAUAAACUAUACCAGAAACAAAAAGGCGCUAUUAGAAAUAGAACACGACUAAUUCAUAUAAAUAAUAUGCAUGAAAUCCGAGCACACAAUAAACUGUUAGGGGAUGGUAGUUUGAAUGCACAACAACUGUUUAUAUCUAUUGCACAGAUAAAAAACAUAAAUGAAAUAGAAAAUAUUGGCUCUACUCAUGUUAUUGACAUAGAUGAUAUAAAACACACUGACAUAUUCACUGAAAAUAACAUAUUACUAAGCAUAAAAGACCAUUAUCAUGUGCAAUUUGUAGACAAUGAGUGGCACACAGUUACAAUGAUUCAUCUUCCCUACUACAUACAUAGGCAAAAAAAUGGUACAAUUAUAAACUAUCAGUUUCAUACAAUUAAAGACAUAAUAACUCAUUUAAAAAGCGCUUUUAAUAUAAGAGAAUGCGGUCGACCAAGAGUCAUUAAAACAGCUGAUAAUGAUAUCUUUGACAUAAAAAGAAAAAAUAGCAUUUGUAGAACAGGGAGAAUAUAUCCAUUUAAGUACAAUAAAAUGGAUAAAACCUGGUCGUUAAUAACCGAUGAUUCGGAUUUAAACAAAACAGUACAGACAAUAGAAAGUGAAAACUGCAACGUGGUAUUCUAUUACAUAAAAGAAGACAUCAAAAAAGCCGAGUUCUGUUUUGCACAAUUUGUGUAUUCAUCCGAAGUAAAAAAUAAUGUUAAGGAUGAUAAUAUGGAAAAGACACGGAUCCCACUUUUUCUUUCUAAGUUUAUGGUCUCUGGUGCAGUGCUUGGGCCGUAUGACAAGAAUAGCAUUAGCUAUCAUGUAUUUAAAUUGGGCGAAUAUAAAGACUUAGUGCCAAUUGACUAUACAGAGAUUUAUACUCCUCCAUUUUUUAAGACUAAUUCAAGUUCUUCCAGAAUACAAAUAAAUGAUUCAAGAUCGUCAGUAAUUGAAAGACAUAUGAAAGAAAAUGAUCUGAAUUAUGCUAUUAAACACUAUUAUAGCGACUUCUUUAUACGAAAUUCAACAGACUUCUAUGAGGACCCCCACUGCUACUACAUGAAUAUUCAAUCCGAAAUUAAUAAUGCGACUGGUGAUAUAAAUAUAACUUGGAAUACAAGAUUCUAUGAAAGUGUCUAUGAGUAUACAACAUAUAAAUUUGACAGCAAAAUACGAGACGAAAGAAGCCAUGUGGGUGCUAUUAAUCAACCAGCGCAUGCUUCUUUCAUUGACAUGCUACAGCGCAAAAAUCCUUCUCUUAAUACAGCACUAUAUGGGCACUGUUUCUACAAAACCCAUGCAGAGGUUGACUAUAAAACCAGUGCUGUUUUUUGUCUGACUAUGAAGGAUCUUUUAGAAAAAAUGAAUGCAUAUUUAAUGGAUAUAAAUACAAAGGAUGAAAUAAUCGAUCCUAUCUCGGGCACGGUACUUAAUAAAAAGGACUAUGAUCCAAGAUUCAUUCUAAAAGACAUUUCAAGUGCUAUUCAAGAUAGCAAAUUACAAGAAAUUAGACAAAGUGAUGAAGGAAUUAUAUCCAUAAGAGACAAUAACCAUAACAGCUGCAAAUAUGGAAUUCACUAUGAUAUUUUAAAUAAUUUAAUUAAAACCUACCCCAUUUCACGAGAAUUACGUUUACAACAACUAGAAAACUAUCAAAAAAAACUUAAAUCCGUCUCUAAACCCAAAAAUAUUACACUAAAAAAACACUUUAGCUAUAACCACUCGUUUAUUACAUAUGCUACCUAA